AUGGAGGAAGUUUUCAAAGAGACAAAGGAAGAGGUGAAGAAAGUAACCAAGAAGAUGGAUGAAGAUCUGAAGAAAGUAACCAAGAAGAUCAAUGAAGAUCUGAAGAAAGUAACCAAGCAGAUGAAUGAAAAACUGGAGAAGUUGGAGGAUACAAUACAACAAGCACAAGAAGAAUUGAAUAUGGAACUGAGAGAUUUAUUAGGUGAUGGAGUAAAGAAGAUGACAGAAGUUGAUGAGAAGCCUUUGGAACAUGCCAUGUCUUGCUUGAAAUUGGAGGAAGCCCUCAAGGAUCCAGCUGAUGCAUCUGUAAGUGUACAAGUGCUAAACCAGCGUCCUAAGCGAGUGAUAAAAUCGACUCCAAGAUACAAAUGA